ACAUCUUCUAAAAGCUUAAUUUUUCUCUAUGGAAUUGGUUAUUUUGGGUAAUUAAUAAAGAAUGUAGUUCAAGAAGUGCUGACUUCAAGGAGAAUUCUAUAAGGAUCCUAAAUGCCAGGAAGAUCAAGAAACUUGAUUUUAGUACAGAAAAAUCGGUAAAUUUCCCAUCAAACGAUUCACUGAGUGAUUUUAUUAUUGAAUUUGUCUCAUGGAAGUGAAGAAGGGAAGUCUAAAGUCGCGUGCGUGCGUUGAAUGCAAACAAAAGGUCAAAUAAUGCCUCUCAUGUAUAACAAAGGUCGCUAUAAAAUACCAUCAUCAUGUAACACGCUGUUGGAUAUUUAACAUUUUCUGAUUGUUGUAAGGUGAAUUUGCUGUUGGACUCCCCAGAAAGUGGCAAUACCAAAAUCCAGAUGAACAAUGCUCCUUUCUUCUGCCUUAGUUUUACAGACAUGCUGUUGGAUGUAUGUAGCAAGUGCAAAUAACGUAACACUUCAACAGCACUUCGAUAUCGAAGGUAGGAGCUACAAAGGAGGAGGAGGAGGAGGACACGAGAUGUUAUGGCUGGCAGAAAAGGAGUCGGGAGGAGGAGGUGAUUUGCUGAAAUUGUUUCUAUUAGGAGUAACUGGUGCUUUAGCUGCAGCCGCUAUUCUAAUGCCAACUGGUGCGAGCCUGUUAACGAGUAUGAUGGCAAUGAUGCAAGCCAUGAAUGGAAACGGAGCUGGAGGAGGUGCGGCAGGAGUUAACGGAGGGCGUGCAUCCUCCUAUAAUAAAUUACCAUUUCUGUUAAACAUUCAUCCUGAAUUAUUAACUGAAAUAUUUAAAUUAUGGCGCGAAGUUGAAAUGGCUGUUUCUAAGGAUAAUAGAUUUUUGUGAAGCAAUAAUCUGUAUCCAAAAUCACUUUCAUGUUAUUGUACAUACAAUUAAAGCUUUCUAUUAUUUAAUUAAAUAAUUUAU